AUGGAUUCGAUCAUUAUUCAGGAGCGGUUAGUGGAGCGGCUGCUUUCUCCUCGGACGCAGGCACAGCGAAGCCACCCGGCCAAGCUGAAGGACCAUGAGAAGCAGUACGUGGGCUUUGCCACUCUGCCAAACCAGGUCCACCGGAAAUCCGUGAAGAAGGGUUUCGACUUCACGCUGAUGGUCGCAGGAGAGUCGGGUCUGGGCAAAUCCACGCUGGUGAAUAGCCUGUUCCUGACAGACCUCUACAAAGACAGAAAGCUCCUCAACGCAGAGGAGAGAAUCAGCCAGACAGUGGAGAUCGUCAAGCACACAGUGGACAUUGAGGAGAAGGGUGUCAAGCUGAAGUUGACCAUAGUCGACACACCAGGCUUUGGAGAUGCUGUUAACAACACUGAGUGCUGGAAGCCCAUCACUGACUACAUCGACCAGCAGUUUGAACAGUAUUUCCGUGAUGAGAGCGGCCUGAACCGGAAGAACAUCCAGGACAACCGAGUCCAUUGCUGCCUGUACUUCAUCUCGCCCUUCGGGCACGGGCUGAGACCUGUGGAUGUCGAGUUCAUGAAGGCUCUGCAUGAGAAGGUCAACAUUGUGCCCCUGAUUGCUAAAGCCGACUGCCUGAUCCCCUCCGAGAUCCGGAAGCUGAAAGAGAGGAUCCGGGAAGAGAUUGACAAAUUUGGCAUUAAAGUGUACCAGUUUCCUGAGUGUGACUCUGAUGAAGACGAGGAGUUCAAGCAGCAAGACAGAGAGCUGAAGGAGAGCGCUCCCUUUGCUGUCAUCGGCAGUAACACUGUGGUGGAGGCGAAAGGCCAGCGAGUCCGUGGACGGCUCUACCCCUGGGGCAUUGUGGAAGUGGAAAACCAGGCACACUGUGACUUUGUGAAGCUGCGGAACAUGCUGAUUCGGACACACAUGCACGACCUGAAGGACGUUACUUGCGAUGUCCACUAUGAGAACUACCGAGCUCAGUGCAUCCAGCAAAUGACCAGCAAGCUGACUCAGGACAACAGGAUAGAAAGCCCAAUUCCUAUCCUGCCUCUCCCAACACCGGACACUGAGACAGAGAAGCUGAUCAAAAUGAAGGAUGAGGAGUUACGGCGGAUGCAAGAGAUGCUGCAGAAGAUGCAGCAACAGAUGCAGGAUCAGUGAGAGACAGGUACUCGGAGGGCAGAGGGAAUCUCCCAGUGACCAUCUGAGGCCUGGCAAGAGCUGUGGAUGUUUAGA